GCUACGAGUGCAAGCCUUGCCCCUGCCCGCUCACCAACACCGGAAACAGAUUUGCGACCUCCUGUUCUAUUGGACCCGGCGGUCAAGUCACCUGCGAUUGUUUCCCUGGAUACGAGGGCACGCAAUGUGCCUACUGCGCUGCGGGCUAUGUCGGCAAUCCACUGGUACCGGGCGACUCGUGUAAACCCAAGCCGACUGACAAUUGCAACCCCGAAGGCACCAGUGUCGUCCGACCACCCGACGAAUGCAUUUGCAAAGACAACGUGGAGGGUCGCUUCUGCGAUCGAUGCAAGAAUGGCUCUUUCUAUCUCUCCCAAGACUUCAGACAAGGUUGUGCUCCUUGCUUCUGUUCUGGGGUGUCUCAGCAAUGUACAAGCAGCACCAACCUGCGCAGAAGGGCGACUACCGUCAGCUUUAAUGUACCUAACGUUGUAAACCAAAUGAAAGUGUACUCCAGCGCCCCCUCGAGCAGAGCCGGCGCUAUAAGAUACAACGCCCCAGUGGAAACUGAGUUGCGACCAAGCCUACAACGAGGAGAGGUCCUUUUACCAGAAGUUGAUAGAUCAAGACCUGCCAUCUACUACUGGAGUUUACCACCCAGUUACGCCGGCGACAAAGUGACGUCAUAUGGAGGGUAUUUGAACUACACCAUCAUUAACGUAUCACCUUAUGGAACUAGAAAUAAUGCUGCAGAUAUACAACUCAUCAGCGAUGUUACUUUCCACUACUUCGGUAACUUUGAACCAAAUAGCGACGGCACAUUAACAGCUAGCGUGCAACUUUUGGAAAAAGGAUGGCAAAGACCUGACGGCAAAGAGGUGUCUCGUAUACACUUCCUGUUAGCGUUAUCUCAUUUGAAGACUAUAUUAAUAAAAGCGACAUAUUCCACGAAUGACGUGUCACCGAUAUCUACUGCGAGCCUUGAGAUCGCAGAGGCCAACGGCAAUGGACGUUUAGCCCUUCAUGUAGAGCAAUGCGUCUGCCCCGAAGGCUAUAUUGGUACAUCUUGCGAAAACUGUGCGCCUGGAUACACAAGGAGCUUGGAGAGAGGAUUAUAUCUAAAGGUCUGUGAACCAUGCGAGUGCAACGGCCACUCGUCAAUGUGUCACCCGGAGACCCGUGAGUGUUUUGACUGCGCCCAUAACACCGAUGGUCCUAGCUGCGAGUUCUGCAAGCCAGGCUACGUAAAGGACGCUUCCGGCAACUGUGUGUAUGAGUCCACGACAUCGCCUUCAUGCUAUUGUGAUUCCCGCGGGGCAGAGGGUUCGUGCGAUAGUCAAGGUUACUGUCGCUGCAAGCAGAACGUGGAAGGCCAGUCUUGCGAUCGCUGCCGACCUGGUACCUUCGGCCUUGACUCCGACAACCCUCUCGGCUGCCAUUCCUGCUAUUGUUCAGGGGCUACAACUGAGUGCCAUGAAGCAACACACUACUCGCGCAUACAGCUUGCGGCGCCAGUGUUCGGCGACAGGGUUGGAUACACUCUGAUGGACUUGCAAGGCUCCGUAGUCAUCAACGACCAGUUCGUCUCCGUGCCUAUCGAAAGCGAGCUCAGAUAUGUCUUCACCAAGCCUCCGAAUCAGGACUUGUACUGGUCACUGCCCGUCUUCCCGGGUAAGAUGUAUUUGAUAUUUAAACUUAAAGUCGUAUGCAACUGCCGACCGCCGUACACGGGCCCCAACUGCUCCACCGUCGGCUUGAUCAUGGAACUCCAUCCGAAAAUCCGCGACAGCAGUGACCUGAACCCGUUUAUGCGGAGGGUGACGUUCACAUGCAAAUAUAGAGCGCCGGAACCGUUGACUAUUAAGUUUUACUUUAAGGGUAGAGAAAUGCUACCCGUGAAAUAUUACAAUGAGUCGGCGCUGUUCGACGACGGUUGGCGAGGCGAGCACAGUUGGCAAACUGUUUGGGACACGCGGCGUCAAGGAGAAAUAUACGAAUGUCAUACAGUAACAGAAAAGGGUUUCACUCUCGGGGUAUUGACAACGACUUUGCCAGAGAAAGGUGGAGAAAACAAGAACGAAACCACGCUGCCGCCCCCGCCACAGUCGACUGUGUCCAUUAAGAUUGUAAACCCACUAAUAAGAAUCCAAGAAGUGGGAAGCUCCGUUAAAUUUAUAUGCGAGGCUCAAAGUCUGUACACUCAUAAUACGCUGCGAGUAAACUGGACCAAGGUUGACGGGUACUUGCCAUUGGACAGAACUUAUCUCGAUACUCGAACUGGAGAACUCCUCAUCACGAACCUGCAGGUGACGGAUAGUGGACAGUACAUCUGCCAGACCAGCGAUGGUAUAUCUACAGGUCAAGCUACAGCAACACUUAAAGUACCAGGCAAUCCAAUGACACUGCCGAUCGUGCAGAUCAUACCAGCCGCUACUGAUUAUUACGAAGGUGAUAGGAUCGAACUAGAGUGCCAAGUCUCGGGCAAUCCAGCUCCGACUAUUACCUGGCAGCGAGCGGCUAACAAGCCUCUGUACAGAGCUUCUCAGUACGACUCCCUUUUCAUAAUCGAAAACGCUCUCGAAGAAGAUUCCGGAGAGUACAGAUGCAUCGGUUCGAAUUCUAUGGGUUCAUCGGACAAUUCAAUUGUAAUUUCGGUACGCGCUCGCCCGUCGAGGCCAGUCAGGGAGAAACUCACGUGUACUGAUACCGCAGACGGCUACAAAUGCGCCUGCCCCGUCACUUUCACUGGCAAAAACUGCGAACAAAAGCAAAACAUCGAGUACCCAGCUUUCACGGGCAGUGCGUUCCUAGCUAUCAGACUGCCGACGCCAUCGCGUCGCUACUUCCGUAUGUCGAUGAAGAUCAAAGCGACACCACCGGUCCUUGACGGCAUCAUUAUGUACUGCAAGGCGCGCGGCGGCGGUUACACCGCCCUCUCCGUUCACAACGGGAAACUAGAGUACCGAUUCGACCUUGGCGAUGGUAGACCGGUAGUACUGACUAGUAACAAGACACUGGAUGUGAACGAAUGGACGGACGUGCACAUCGCGCGCGUCGGUACAGACGUCUCUAUGAAGAUCAACAAAGUGGAUACAUAUGAACAGAAACUCGCCUCAAACAAAACAGAGGUGAUCCUUGACUCACCGAUGUACGUGGGCGGUGUGGACGAGACGAUAACCUUGGACAACAGCACUGGCGUCAUUGGAGGAUUCAGCGGCUGCAUUAAAGAAGUUCGCUUGAACCAGAGAGAUCAACUGGACAUCGUGAACGCAUCUAUCCAGUCGGCCAAUAUUCAAGAAUGCCCCAACGAUGUCCGCGGAGACAUUCCAGAAGUGUACAGCGUGUGCAGCUUGUGCCGUAACGGCGGCAGGUGCACUUCCCUAGACGCCACAGCUUGCACUUGCCCUUCGGGUUUCUCCGGCACGUACUGCGAGAACCGGUCCUCGUACCGCGCGCCGUACACCGACCCUUGCGCCGCCCGCCCCUGCCGUAAUGGCGGCACCUGCAAACUCGACCGAUCCAGCAAAAUGAACUACACUUGCGAUUGCCCUCUAGGCUUCGCUGGUACCAAUUGUCAAAUGCCACUCGAGCUGCAGCACAGCGUUGGUUUCAAUGGCAACGGAUACGUGGAGCUGCCGGGCAGCAUGUUGAAUUACGAGAACCUCAGCGAGAAUCCAGCUAUCAUGGCGCUCGCGAUCGUCACAAGUAACGACGGCGUCCUGCUCUACCACCACGAGGCUCAAGCGCCACCCGACACCGGAGAUUAUAUCCUUAUCAGAAUUGAAAACGGAGUGGUGAUAAUGGAGUGGGACUUAGGCAGCGGACUGAAUGAUGUUCGUAUUGAAAAUGUACAAGUCACCGACGGCGAGCGGCACGUGAUUAUCGCCAAACUAUUGGCCAACAACGAAGCUUACCUGUCUGUCGACAACAAUACCAAGAAAGCACUAUCCAACGGAUUCGCCAACGUUAUGAGUGCCGACUCUAAUGUCUAUAUAGGUGGUAUUCCUGACCGUCUCAACUACAAGCAGCACCCGGGGCUGGAGGGCUGCAUCGAGCAAGUCGAGCUGAUGGGCAUGCCGCGCGCCAUUCAACUCGGCCGCACUGCGGUCGCCGGCAGAAACACCCAGCGAUGCAAGGAGUGACCGAUCGCUUUAAGGAGAUCGACCGAUAUAAUGUUUAUAAGUAAUAAGUCAAUUUAAUGUAACGUCUGUAAUUUCUCUACUAUUGCUGACCGCUGCGUUAGCAGCGACUAUCUCAUGUCAAUUGUUCAAAAUAUAUAUUUUACCUUCAUAAUGCGUAACUAGCUCUUUACCUAAUUAUUGGAUUAGUUCUGGUGAUCUUUACAAAUUGAUAUUUGUUAAUUUUAGUAGAGAUUUUAUUGAUAUGUGUACCGUUAUAUCUAGUAUUAAGUGGACUUCGCCGUUUUGGACAAUACUGCUAGCUUAGUAUUUAGAUAAUAAAGCUAUUAUUGAAUUUUAAUUAUUAUGUAUUUUAUUAUGUUAUUCAAUAUUUCCGUAUACUGCGACGGUGCUGUGAGGAUUUGUUCUGGUGCCAUAAGAUUGAAUCAUUAUUUUUAUUAGGCUUAGGGUAACUAUGUUACUAUUUUUUUUACCUUGCAUAUGUCUUGCAAAAUUAACAUCCGCUCGCCUUCUAAGCUUUGUUUUUUUUUAUCUUUUUAUAAGUAUAUGUUAGAAAAGUGUAUACAUAUAUGCACUUGUCUUGAGAGUGUGUGCUUUCUAAAAGUUCUCUCUAAAAAUUAGAAAAUCUCUUUUUUAAUCAAGAAGUCCUUAUUUUAAUUACCAUGUGCCAAAAGCAGUCCAACUAGUUUUUGUAAUAUCUCAUUGUUUCAGUCACUGCCAUUUAUUUGCUGCCGUUGCUUUUUUUCUAUGAUUUAGUUAUGUAAUUACACAGUUCAUAUUAUUUUCAUUAUCUAAAACAUAAGAUGUGCUACUAUGAAGUAUUUAGAUAUAUUUUAGAGCGAGAAAUAAAUCGAAUAAAUAUUGUUUAUUUUGUUUAAACAGUGCGGUGGCAUUUACUUUAUAACUGCUUGUAAUUGGUUGAGACGGUGAUGCUAUUUAGCUUAACAAGUUACUUAGUCAUUGACUGCAUUAAAUGUGUCGGUUACUGUAAGCUGUGAGCUGCGCUGACGCAUACUAUUUUAUCGUGAUUAGUUUAAAGUACUGAUGUUAUGUACGUUUACGAUGAAACUUAAUAUUGUAUCGAAACUACGUAAUAAGGAAUUCUAUUGUAUAUCGCUACUAAGUGAACGACUAAUAUUAAACCAAUAAACUGUUUAUAAAUAAAA